AUGUCACGUGAAUUCAUUAUGGGUUUUUUUAUUGUCAUUUUGGUUCUAUUAGUUUCACAAAUAGAAGCACAAGACACCAAUACAGACAGUACAUCUCCAGUGGUCGAUCAAGAUACGAUGAUAACUGAAACAGAAUCUUCGCCAACAGACGCAGAAACUUUGCCAACAGGCUCAGAAACUUUGCCAACAGACGCAGCAACUUUACCAACAGACGCAGCAACUUUGCCAACAGACGCAGCAACUUUGCCAACAGACGCAGUAACUUUGCCAACAGGCUCAACACCGAUGAUUAGUAUCUCAACAUACUCAACACCCAUGACUACCAUGUCAACAAGCUCACCCAAUAAUCGUGGUGUUACUUUAAAUUCAUGUAACUUUCUUUUAAUUCUUUUUAGUGCUUUACUUUUAUUUGUAUAA